AUGUGGCGGGAUCGCACCAAUCUCUACCUCUCCUACCGCCAAUCCCUAAUCCACCACCCCGCCAAAAAGCCACAAUUCACACCAACAAAUGGCUUCUCCGACACACCUUCCCACCCGGAAGAAAACCGGCGCCUGAUUUCCGACACUGACGAAGAUGGCGACAUGGUCAUUGAAAUGGACCUCCUCCCACCGCGCUGGGCCGACGUGCAGGAAGAGGUCUCCGAGCUGCUAGCGGAAAUCGCCCAGAACUCCGCCCAGCUUGACAAGCUGCAUCAGAAACACCUGCUCCCGGGUUUCGGCGACGAGGAUUUGCGCAGGAAGGAUGAGGGCAUCAUUGAGCGCUUAACUCAGGAUAUCACGCGCUCUUUCCAUGAUUGUCAGCGCUCCAUCAUGCGCAUUGAGACUAUGGUUGCGGAGUCGAAGGCACAGGGUGCUGUUACUAGUGGCGAGGAGACUAUGGCGAAGAAUAUUCAGAUUUCGCUGGCUGCUAGGGUGCAGGAAGCUAGUGCGCGGUUUAGGAAGAAGCAGAGCACUUAUUUGCGGAAAUUACGAGACCUCGAGGGAAUUGCGACGCCAUUCGAUAUCACACCCCCGCAGGCCCAGAACCCAUACACGGAUCCCUCGAUGAUGGAGUCAGAUGCCGACAGGUCUUUCUCGCAGACGAUGUUGCAGCAGACUUCGCAGCGGCAGACGGGUGUGAAUGAUGCCGCUAUUGCGCAGCGCGAGCGUGAAAUCAACGAUAUCGCAAAGGGAAUCAUUGAGCUCUCGGAUAUAUUCCGGGAACUGCAGAGCAUGAUCAUCGACCAAGGAACCAUGCUGGACCGUAUAGAUUACAACAUCGAGCGAAUGGGUACCGAGGUUAAGGCCGCAGAUAAGGAGCUGAAAGUGGCUACGAGUUAUCAAAAACGAACCACUAAACGCAAGAUCAUGCUAUUGCUUUUCCUGGUCGUCAUUGGAAUGAUCAUUCUAUUGGUUGUGAAGCCCAAGGGCCACAGCUCCAGCUCAGCACCGCCGCCUCCAGAGGAUGAAUCGUCGAAUAAUAUCCGCUCUGUGAUGGCUUACCGAGGGAGGAGACAUCGAUUAUCAAAUCGGUUCGUGCGAGAUCGAUGGUUGGAUCCAGAUAUAUUCCGAUGA